AUGGACUUAAAGCUGUUAAUGAAAGCGGCCUUGGCUUUUGGCUUUAUUCGCUACAAGGUGAGUGGAUGCAAGCUGGGCUCCUUCUCCGAGGGUUGGGUCUGCCCUCGUAUGGGUAGUGUGGCGCGUGUGGAGCUCACCAGCCCUGAGGAAAUUGAUGAACCAACAGGUAAGUUUAUUUAUCAGGUUGUGAGUGAUCGGAAGGCCAAGAUCUACUAUCAGAUUUACCGCCAUAUUCCGCCUAAGUUGUCCAGGCUAUCACUCUCUGCCACUGACAUGUCCAUUACGUCCACUUUUAUCAACCGGCAUCAAGCAGCUGUGCGGAGAAGGAUAACAGAGUGCGGUUGGACAAAGAGCCUCAUUGUACCUGUUCCUAAGCCUGGCACUGACAAGUUUAGACCAAUAUCCCUUACAUCAUGCUUCUGUAAAGUGCUGGAGCGUAUCCUCUUGAAUCGCCUUAUGUAUCGCCUUCAGGAUAAACUAUCAUCCAGGUUAUAUGGAUUCCUGCCCCAACGCAGCACACACCAUUGUCUAUUGGAGCUUUACACUCGCCUCUCCUCUACAAGUCUUGUCGCAUUCAUUGACCUGAAAAGUGCCUUUGACAUUGCAAAUCCAGAUGUGAUCCUCGACCAGCUUGUAGACUUUGGUAUUAGUGGCAAUCUCUUGCGAUGGAUACGAGGGUACUUAAGCAACAGAUCAUCCUAUGUCCUCUUUAAAGGUGCCUGCAGCACACGUAAGUGCUUUGGCCUUGGGACUCCACAGGGAGGUGUCCUUAGCCCAUUUCUUUUCAGUAUCCUUAUGCACCGCCUCAUAUCCCAGCUCCCUGCCAUCCCAGGGACUACAAUUACGUGCUAUGCUGACGACAUCUGCAUUCACUCCAACUCACCAGAAGAUCUACAGCGCUUACUUCAUCUAUUUUACGAAUCUACCUCUUCAUGUGGCCUCAUCAUCUCUCCUGAAAAAAGUAGGAUCUUCUCUCUACUAAACCCACGAACACUACCUGAAUUUCUAGUGGGCCCCAGCAUUAUACCAUUCUGCACACAGUAUCUUUACUUGGGUGCUCCAGCUCGAGUCCAUCCUACGAUACCAGCACGUCAACGUGUCCAUCCCAUUGUUCAGGAAUUACUGACACGGCUACAACGGCGCCUUGAACCCCUUCGCUGGUUAACCAACAAUGCUGCUGGGGUCUCCAUUCCUGUGGCCAGAAAUAUUUAUACAGCUUUUAUCCGUUCAGUAGUUGAUUACCUAUCUCCAACUCUUAGUCAACUCUCCAAGACAGCGCUAGAUCCCCUAGAAAAAUUUCAGAAUAAGGCAAUGCGCUGCAUUCUAGGAUGCCCAAUGUCCACAAGGAUUGCUAACAUGCAGCAGGAGCUUCAUCUCCUUCCUCUUGUGGAACGAAUCUAUGCCAAUGUAACAUUCUUUACUGUUAAGUGUCUCCACUCAUCCAGUCUUGCUCAACAUUAUGCAGGCCUUAUUAAUAUGUCUCUGGAUCCCAAUUCUCGUCCCCCACAACUCCGACCAGGUGGCUGUGCUCUUAUUAGGAAUGUUUGCCGAGACCUUAGAAGAUUGGACAUUAAUGUUCCCCAAGAGGAAGUUGACCAUGGUCCUCCCCCGUGGCAGAUUCCUCCUCUAGCAGUUUCCUACACUCCCACCUGUAGGAGGGACUUACCCUGCCAACAGAAACAACUAGCCCUAGAGACCAUUGACAAAGUAAGGUCUUCCAUUCCUGCCUCUCACACCCUCUACAUUGACGGUUCCUUACAAAUUGAUGGAACUGCAGGCUGUGCUGUCUUCUCUCCUACCAUGGAACCACCGUAUGGGGGAUGGACUGGACGCCGUCUGCAGGACUGGUCAAGCUCUACCUCCUGUGAACUGCAUGGGCUCCUAGAUGCUGUUAGCCUACUUCUACGGACCAGAAGUAAUGGACUAGUUAUUUGUGACUCGCAGUCUGCUCUUCGUGCCCUCUCCUCGCCAAAGCCUGAAGCCCGUAGCUUAGUCAAUCAUAUACUGCGCCAUCUAGUCACAGCCAUUGAUCAUGCACUUGUAAUACAUUUCCUAUGGAUUCCCUCGCAUGUUGGAGUAACAGCGAAUGAAGUUGUAGACCGUCUUGCCAAAGCUGCCUGUAGGUUUGUCUUACCUGCGGCUGACGUCUCGCCAGCAACCCUCUCCUACUACAAGCGGAGGAUACGUGCUUCCGCUCAUUUGUCAACCACCCGGCGCAGGAACGCCGAGCGGCCAGCGAGCGUAAGCAUCCAGCAUUACGACCACUUUGCCUCUCAUCCCUACAAAUACCGACGCCGCGGUCUGUUGGUAAGAAGACACAAUGUGGUGGCUGCCCGGCUCCGGUUAGGCUACAGACCAGUGUGGCAGGUGGGCGAGUCAGAGGACGUGCCCCAUCCCCCGUGCACCAUUGUUCAUCCAUACACUUGCCAUGUACCGGCCAGCAAUAACCUACCUCAGGAUACCAUGAACGGCGGAGCGGCGGGGCAAGCCAAACCUGUCAUUCCUGACGUCGACCCCAGGGAGGCAAUAUCAAUCACCGUCCACAAUCAACGUUCCAGAUACCGAAGGUCAAGUCUUCGAGAAGUUAUAACGUACAAGCAAUCCCUGCCUGAGCACAACCAAUAA